GAAAACCGGUCAUUAACAAUAACUUUUACAUGAUAAGGACCGAUGGGGCGUGGUUUGUCUAUUUGAGUGACGUAACGUUAUAAAACGCAAUCGCGAUUCAGACUUGUUUACAUUUGACAGUUGGGAAGAUGGAAGAAUCGUCUGCUACUGCAGACAACUAUAAUGAACGUUUUGCAAUACUUUCUGAAGCUGACAGAGAUAAACUUCUCAGCAACAAGAAUUCCGAGGGCACCAAAGCAGCAACAAAAUAUGCAGUCAAGACUUUUCAUGACUAUUGCAUGGCAGCGGCGAACUAUCAGACGAUCGUGGCCAUUGACCUGCUUCCCGACAAUGCUCUUGAUCAACUACUUGAAAAGUUCUAUCCAUCACUAAGAAACAAGAAUGGAGAAAAGUAUGCUGUCCAAAGCUUGAGGUCAAUACGAGCCGGCAUUCAAAGGUACUACACUGAACCACCACGUAGACGUGAGAUCAAUAUUAUCAGUGGUGAAAAUUUUAACCGUAGUAAGGCUAUGUUUGAGGCUGCUUGUAUAGACUUGAAAAAAAGUGGACUUGGUGAUGUAACACACAAACCUGUGAUUCAUGAUGAAGAUAUGGCAAAGAUAUCUGCCUAUUUCAAAACUUGGAAAACAGAUUCCGUAGUCCUUAUCAGAAAGGUUUGGUUUGAUCUUAUGAUGUUUUGCUGCCGUAGAGGAAGGGAAGGACUGAGAGAACUUUCCAAAACUUCCUAUGUUGUUGAUAGUGAUGGAUUGGGUCAAAAAUACAUUAAAAAAAUGGAUCAGAAUUGACAAAAAAUCAUCGCACUGAUGUAGAGGAUUCGUCGGGUGGCGUAAUUUAUGAAGAAAAGGAUAGCAACUUGUGUCCAGUUGCUUCUUACACUUAUUAUUUAGGGAAAUUAAAUAAUAAAUGUGAUGUACUUUUUCAGCGUCCGCGACCAAAUUACCAUACCGCAGAUGAGACAUGGUUUGAGAACAAACCACUUGGAAAAAACACUUUAGGUGCAUUAAUGGCAAAAAUCUCAAAUUGUGCUGGUUUAUCAAAAGUAUAUACCAAUCACUCCAUCCGAUCAACAUCUAUAACAACUCUGAGUGAAAGUGGUUUUGAGGACAGAAAAAUUAAAACUGUAUCUAAGCACAAGUCACUACAAAGUAUUGAAAGUUAUUCCAGGGACUCUUCACUUCCACAAAAGAAAAAGAUGUCAAAAGCUCUUGCGUCAUCAUUAUACAGUACUACAGCAGAGAUACAUGUACCGUCUACUGAGAAUAAUGCAAUCAGCAGUGUCAAUAACAUUAAUCAUUCGACAGGAAAUGCUGUUGCCAUUAGAGCACCAACAACUGUUGCAGCAGUACCACACACUGUUCAAAACACUAAUGCAUCUAUUACAUGUAUGCAACUUGAUGAUAUUGAUUUUCUCAAUGACAGUUUUAUCAGCGAGUCUGCAGACUUUGAUCAAGUACUAAAAGAAAUUAGUUCGUCUCAAAACAAUGUGCAAAACAAUUACUCAAAAAAAAGAGUCCAUGAGCAACAGAAAUGAUCAUAGCAUUAAUAUUCAAAAUGUGUCUGGAGGAGUCUUUAAUUUCUAUGUUUCAAAAGACUAAAUUUAUACAUGUACUAUGUGGAUUUAUUCCAGUUGAACAUUUUCCUGUUUUCAUUUUAUAUUGCAGUUGUUGUUGAAUUGUUAACCAUAUAAUGUUUUGUUACUUAUAAAGUUAUAGAAAAUGUUAUUUUGUAUUUCAUAUACUGAAAAUUGCACUCAAAUGAAUGGCAGUGACUUAUAGUCAUUUAAAACUA